CACUCUUCCUCUGUAUAGUAACACAUGGAAGAGUUGAGCGCUAUCAUUUCUCCGGUCGGUGCUAUGAGAAAGAGCUGGAUCCAUCUUCUGCACACCCAUAUAAAGCAACAGGAGUACAGAAAUAUUAAACAGUUAACUCCGCUGACCCCAACGCGCUCGAGACGGGCAGACAGGCGCGACACGGCGCGUGUCUUUUAAGAGAAUUUACAGGGAACAGACUUGGAUCCGGAUCAUCAUGAGCGAGCGUUUUGACUGUGACAACUGCAAGGAGUCUCUGUAUGGCAGGAAGUACAUCCAGGCAGAGGACAACCCUUACUGCAUCCCUUGCUACGACAGCCUGUUUGCAAACACCUGUGAUGAGUGCAAGGAGCUGAUUGGUCACGAUGCUAGAGAGUUAUUUUACGAGGACCGUCACUAUCACGAGCACUGCUUCCGCUGUUUCCGCUGUGACCGCUCUCUGGCCGACGAACCCUUCACCAGCCAGGAUGACGCUCUUCUGUGCAACGACUGCUACUGCAAUGAGUUCUCCUCCAAAUGUGUGGCCUGCGACAAAACUGUCAUGCCUGGAACCAGGAAGCUUGAGUAUGGCGGCUCCACAUGGCAUGAGGGCUGUUUCAUUUGCAACAGCUGUCAACAGCCAAUUGGCUCCAAGUCCUUUAUCCCAGACAAAGAUGACCACUACUGUGUACCCUGCUAUGAGAACAAGUUCGCACCACGUUGUACUCGAUGUAAACAGGCCUUAGCUAAAGGUGGUGUGACCUACAGGGACGAGCCGUGGCACAAGGAGUGCUUUGUGUGCACAAGCUGUAAGGUUCAAUUAGCCGGCCAGCAUUUCACUUCCCGCGACGACAGCCCGUACUGCAUCAAAUGUUUUGGCAACCUGUACGCUAAGAAGUGUGUUGCCUGCAGCAAACCAAUCACAGGUUUUGGCGGAGGGAAGUACAUCUCAUUUGAGGAGCGGCAAUGGCACCAGUCCUGCUUUACCUGUUCUCGAUGUUCUGUGUCACUGGUGGGCGCAGGCUUCUUCCCUGAGCAAGAUGAGAUCCUUUGUCGCAGCUGCAACAGCAACCUAUAGAACAGAGCCUCCUUCUACACACCUCACCACAACACAAUUACACACACAUGUGCACGUCUUUUAUUCAACACCUCUGUUCCUUCACAACAACUCUCUCUUAUUAAGACAUGCCCGUGGUGAUACUGGAACUACAGCCCGACACUACGAAAUAGUUCUGGCAGUGUAAAAAGCAGAACAGUUUUCUAAACCUCACACACAGCAGUGAUCUUAGCUUAACCACAACAUUCAAACGUAAGCAUAAAUGCAAAACAUCUUGAGGCUUUGAUUUCCUUGUUUUGCUAGUUUAUGACUGAGAUUUUAAAAUGAUGCACCAAAGAUUGCCUUUGAGAUGUAAAAGCUAAAAUACAAACUUAUGAACGAUUCCUAGUGCCUUCCAGAAUCCAGAGUCUAUAAAUGUUUUGGUCUCUAAGCAGGAUAUAUAUAUAAUUUCAUGUCUCAAGUCAACCGAUCUACUAGUUCGUCCCAUUUUUGUUUGUCCCGGCCAACCUGAACUGUCAUUGGGCUAGUAGAAGUCAUUAAUGGGCAGUGUUAGGGAAAGUUACUUUUAAAAGUAAUGCAUUAAAAGUAAUGCAUUACAAUAUUAAGUUACUCCCAAAAAAGUAACUAAUUGUGUUACUUAGUUACUUUUCCUGGAAAGUAAUGCUUAUGUUACUUUUUAGUUACUUUUGCGUUACUUUUUCUUGGCUGAGGCUUGAUCUCUUUCAGGCCUUGCAGGUGUUUUUUAUGACUGAAAAGUUCUGCAUUCAGAAAUUGCAUAUUUCAUCACAAAAAUGUCGAGCUCUGGCUUGCCAUCUCAGUUUCUGACUCAAACUGUUCCCACACAGGCAUGUACGCAUACAGUUAUAUAUUAUUUUUUAAAUCAAAUUAAUUAAAGUAAAAAAGUAACUUGCAUUACUUUUUUGAAAAAGUAACUCAAAUAUUAAUGUGUACAUUUAAAAAGUAGUGCGUUUCUUUACUCGUUACUACAGAAAAGUAAUAUUAUUAAGUAUAAAAUGCAUUUAAAUACAGGUGGGACAGACUUGCAUUUGCACUAUGGCUUAAAUUAUCUAUAAAAGCACAGAAACUAGCUAGAUACAGCACGCAUACACUGUAUAUACACAAAUUAUCUACUCAUUUCCUUUCUACUUUUUUGUUUUUUAGUGUUUAAUAAUGCAUCUGGCUACAUUAUCAAAUUAAAUAAAACAUUUGUUUAAAUAUGCAAAAAAGACAUGUUGUCAAGCUUUAUUUUUUUUCUAGUUCAGACCAGUAUUGAUAUUAUUGAUGGCAAUUUAUUAGUUUCACUUUGAAAUAUUUUACAUUUUUAAGUAUAAAGUUUUAAGUAUAUUCACUUUAAGCUUUGAAGCAAAAGAGGAGCUGGCGAAUGUGCAUUUCUUUUUACAAAAAUGAUUCAAGAUUUAAGCUUUAAAAAUUCAUUUUUUAAAUUGUUUAUUACUUUGUUGUUUGUUAAUAAAUAUUUUCUAAAUUAAA